CACACGUCUGACGCGUCAGUCGGCCGUCACAAGUCAAGCGCGCAACACAGACAGCCACCGUCGUCACCAGACUACAACAGAUACUAGAGUAAACAGAGACGACAUAUUCUACAGAAUGAGAGAGCAGCGUUGCUGUUUGAGAAUGGUAGCAGCCGCCGUGCCAUUGAUGCUAGCCAUGGUCAUGGAGAUGGGAGCCAGAGCAGCUGCAAUGGAAGCCUUUUCGGAAAAAGACCUGGACAAUUAUUACAAGCGAAUGUACGAUUUCGGACUGGGCAAGAGGGCCUACGUCUAUUCUGCCAAUAAACGGCCCAUGUAUGACUUCGGAAUUGGUAAACGCGACAACAACCGCCAACGUAUGUACGCAUUUGGGCUGGGCAAGCGGGCCGAGGAGACGCCCGAGGAUGAGUCACCAACCGGCCUCCACACGUUGCCAUGGAAACGCGCCCUAAAAGCAUAUGAGUUUGGACUCGGCAAGCGUGCAGCAGCACCGCAGAAACUGUACUCGUUCGGACUCGGCAAGCGUGGGGCCUACUCGGACGAGGAGGACGAGGAUGACAGUGAUGUUAUGGAGAAGAGGUCCAGAUACCAAUUCGGCUUGGGCAAACGAGGCGGUGCAUUCUACGACGGCAGCGGCGAGAGAUCACUCCGCAGCCAGCGCUACAACUUCGGACUCGGCAAGCGCGACUUGGGUCCCGACUGGGAGGACUUACUGGGCGAGGAUGCCGAUCAUGACAUCGCUGCACGAAGCAUGAAGUACGGGUUCGGACUUGGCAAGCGGGAGAUCUCGAACGAAGCCCUGGAUGAUGUGGAGAGCGCUCUAGCCAACUCUGAGAAAAUCCCCGCCUCCAUGUUGGUCGGGGGUCACAAGAGCAACACCAGGAAACGAGACACCUCUGCAACUGCCGAGGCAACCAGCCAUCAGCGACGUUAAUUAAUUAUUAUUAAAUUAUUAGAUAUUUACACUCAUUAAAUCGAGAAAUGAUGACAAAAAUAUUAAUAACUAACUAAACAUACAGAUCCGUCAUAACAGUUCAGUUUCACUGGAGUGUAUUGCUUUAUUUUUACAAAUUUGUUUUUUGUUGUACCUACUCACAAUAUUAUAUUAUACUAUUUAUCAUAGUUCCAAGUUUGUUGAUUGAGAAAAUAACUAAAUAUACAGAUCAAACAGUUUUGUUCAAUUGGAGUAUAUUGCUUUCUUUCUACAAAUUUGUUUUUUUAGUACCUACCCACAAUAUUAUAUUAUAUUAUUUAUUAUAGUUCUAAAUUUGUCGAUUGAGAAAAUAACUAAAUAUACAGUUCCAACAGUUCUGUUUCCUUGGAGUAUAUUGCUUUCUUUUUACAAAUUUGUUUCUGUAGUAGCCUACCUAUCCAAAAUAAUAUUACGGUAUAUAUUUUUUAUUAUAAUUCCAAAUUUUUUGAUAGAGGAAAUAACCAAAUAUACAGAUCCAACAGUUUUGUUUAAUUGGAGUAUAUUGCUUUCUUUCUACAAAUUUAUUUUUGUAGUACCCCCGAUAUCAAAUUCUAUCAUUCAUUAUAGUUCCAAAUUUAUUGAUUGAGAAAAUAACCAAAUAUACAGAUCCAACAGUUUUGUUUAAUUGGAGUAUAUAUUGCUUUCUUUCUACAAAUUUAUUUUUGUAGUACUCACAAUAUUAUAUUAUUCAUAAUUCUACUGAAUUUGUUGAUUGAGUA